AUGUUGUUUCCGGCGUGCGUGCUCCUGGCACGUUUGUUUUACGCGGUGCCUGCUCGUCGAUCUUGUUUGGCUGAGGUUGGUCGAGUAGAAGCGGUGCCUGCUCAGAUGCAAAUGCCCUUUCCCCAGCGCGCUAGCACCCAUCCCCCGCUGCAAGCCAUCGCGCAGUCCGACAUAAUUCGGCACGUCAUGUUCCACCGCAAUCUCACUCCCAAUCCCGUCAGACGCGCAUUGCAAUCAUAA